AUUCGAUAGUAUUGAAUAAAUUGUUCCAGCUCUAGAAAAUAAUUGCUAAAAAAAACAAUUGCUCUUUGUUAUUGUUAUAAUUACAACAAUACAGCUAAAAAACACACGCUUGCCAUACACAUAAACACAAACACACACGCAGGCAAAAGCGAGGGGAAUCCCACGUAGAAUGUGAGAAAGAUGCGCAUGCGCGGACGAAGAUUGCUGCCGAUUAUCCUGUCGCUACUUUUGAUCGUCCUGCUGAGUCUCUGUUACUUUUCCGGACAUUUACGGGAUCUGAAGGAGCUGAGGAACUCCCCCGACGAAGAGUUCCUGCUGCACUUGCCGCCCGAAACGGAGGAGGAUUCCCCUAAUCCCCAUCCGCAAGCAGCCAAUCCUCUCCUGAAUCUCACCGACUUCCAGUAUCUCCUCCACAGCAAUGUGUGUCGAAAGGCGGAAAGGGAACUCCUGGCCAUUCUGAUUGUCACCUCCUAUUCAGGGCACGAUGCCCUGCGAGCUGCCCACCGCCAGGCGAUUCCCCGGAGCAAAUUGGCCGAGAUGGGCCUGCAGAGGGUCUUCCUGCUGGCCGCCUUGCCUCCCCGAGAGCACUUCAUUAACCAGGAGCAGCUGGCCAGCGAACAGAAGCGUUUCGGGGAUCUGCUCCAGGGGAACUUCAUCGAGGACUAUCGCAAUCUGAGCUACAAACAUGUCAUGGGACUGAAGUGGGCCUCCCAGGAAUGCAAGAACCAGGCCAAGUUCAUCAUCAAACUGGACGACGACAUCAUCUACGAUGUGUUCCAUCUGCGGAGGUAUCUGGAAGCCCUCGAGGUGGGCCAACCUGGUCUGGCCACCUCCAGCACUCUGCUUUCCGGCUAUGUACUGGAUUCCAAGCCACCCAUUCGUCUGAGGGCCAACAAGUGGUACGUCAGCAAGCAGGAGUACCCGCAUGCCCUGUAUCCCGCCUAUCUGUCCGGCUGGCUGUAUGUGACCAACGUGCCCACGGCCAAAAGGAUUGUGGCGGAGGCGGAGAGGGUGCCGCUGUUCUGGAUCGACGACACCUGGCUGACGGGCGUGGUGAGGACCCGUUUGGGCAUUCCGCUCGAGCGGCACAACGAUUGGUUCUCCGCCAAUGCGGAAUUCAUCGACUGCUGUGUGCGGGAUCUCAAGCAGCAUGGCUACGAGUGCGAGUACUCCGUGGGACCGAAUGGCGGCGAUGACAGGCUGCUGGUGGAGUUCCUGCACAACGUGGAGAAGUGCUACUUCGAUGAGUGUGUCAAACGGCCGGCGGGCAAGUCGCUCAAGGAGACCUGUGUGGCGGCGGCCAAGUCGAGAGCUCCGGAACAUGGCUUGGCUGAAAUAAAACCACUGCGGCUGAGGUGACCUCGGUUCCUGGACACUCUGGCCCACCUCCAAGGACUUCCAAGUGCAAGAGGGCGAGAGAGAUAUCCUGCUAAAGGGAUAUCAUACCAUGCCACUAAUCUUAGUUCGUAACUUAGUUUAGGUUUUGCAAUCGGGGGUGACCCAGAAAUCUCUUUCAAACGAAUUCUUAGUUUCAGCAAAUUCACUUUGAAACACAACAAAAAUACAAAUUUACCGUCCAGAAAAUCGUCUGAGAUAUCUGGGUGUCUCCUGUAUAAGAUGUCCCAAUUAGGUUGAGAUUGCUUCACUGAGAAAUGCAGGAACUUGAAGAUUUUGUUAUAUUCAAUUAUCAGACUACACAUAAUUGACCUAUUCAUAAUUGGCUACUUUGUGCUUUUUAUAGUACACCAUGACAAGAACAAGUUCCUGCAGAAAUCUAUGGUAAUAAGUUGUAACCCCUCUGAAUUCAACAACACAAUUGUAAGACUUCAAAAACUGAUUAGGAUUUAAUCUUUUAUACAAAUCUUAAAGUGUAAAAUAUAGUAAAUCAAAAGUGAACAAUAACUGAUCAUUAAUCGGUGUGUGCUGAUGAAUUCAGAUGUAGUAUAAGUACCUUUGUAUCAUUAACUUGUUCAAUUCUAACAAAACAGACUCCGUCCUUCUCAGUAAAUUAGAUUUAAGUAUUGUCUAGCGAUGAAUUAUGAAUAAAAAACUGCAUUUAUACAAUACAAUACAAAUAAAUAAGUAUCUAACAGUACACAGUA